UUGUGUUUUUCAUUGACAGUAUUGUUGGAAGCCUUGCUGAGGAAUGGUACUUCGACCGGGAACAGCACUGCAUUUUGUAGGAAGGCAUCAAAUGAAACUGACCCCAGAUCCCAAACCCGACAUGAGACACAGAAACAGGACUCAGCAGCUGCAGACUUAACAAAAGGAUUUACCAAGGAGCAAGCAGAAGGAGUACAGAGGAUAAAGAAGUGUAAGAAUUACUAUGAGGUACUGGGUAUCAGAAAAGAUGCCAGCGAUGAGGAACUGAAAAAGGCCUACAGAAAACUUGCUUUGAAAUUCCACCCUGACAAAAACCAUGCACCAGGAGCAACUGAGGCUUUUAAAAAGAUUGGAAAUGCUUAUACAGUGCUUAGUAACCCAGACAUGAAGAGGCAGUAUGAUGUCAGUGGAGCAGAGGAUCCCAACAGUUCAAGUUACAAUACUCAUGGAGGAUUUGAUUUCCACAGAGGUUUUGAGUCUGAUAUUACACCUGAAGAACUCUUUAACAUGUUCUUUGGUGGAGGCUUCCCCUCAUCGAACACACAUGAAUUCACUAAUGGCCGAACAUCCAGUCACCAUACGGAUGAAACCAGAAGAGCGAGAGCAGAGGAGAGUGGAGAUGGUGGGUUCUCCAUGUUUAUUCAACUUAUGCCAAUCGUUGUGCUGGUCUUGGUCUCAAUCCUCAGCCAGCUGCUGGUGUCCACACCACCUUAUAGCCUGUACUCCAGACCGUCCACAGGACAGACUGUUAAAAGGCAAACAGAGAACCUGCAUGUGGACUAUUUUGUCACCAGAGAUUUCAAAUCAGAAUAUAAGGGAUCAGCUUUGCUAAAGAUUGAGAAGAGUGUAGAAGAGGAUUAUGUUUCUAAUAUACGAAACAACUGCUGGAGGGAAAGACAGACAAAAACAGACCUACUGUAUGCUGCUAAGGUUUACAGAGACGAAAGAUUACAGCGGAAGGCUGAGCUCAUGACCAUGGAGAACUGCAAAGAGCUGGAUAGAUUAAAUGAUCUGUUCCGUGGAGGAUAAACCUGAAACUAAAAUUAAUGGACAUUUAUGAAAACAAAAUACCAUAGGUAUAAAUGUAAUAUAUAUAU